UGAAAGACACACAUUAUAAAUAAAUGCAAAACAAGCGUGUCAAUCAAAAGGCACAAUAAAUUCUAUUUUCCACUCAAACUAAAUCAAUGGGAAUAAUCUCCGAUACUCCUUCCGUUUCCACCGCCACAAAAUGGUUCGGUUUUGUAGCCGCCGUUUGGAUUCAAGCAAUCUCCGGCAACAACUACACUUUCUCAAACUACUCCGACGCUCUCAAAUCCCUUAUGCACCUCACCCAAUUACAGCUCAACAACCUCUCCGUCGCUAAAGACGUCGGUAAAGCCUUCGGUCUUCUCGCCGGACUUGCCUCCGACCGUUUACCCACCUGGGCCAUUCUUCUUAUCGGUUCUUUUGAAGGUCUCAUCGGUUAUGGUGUUCAAUGGCUUGUUGUUGGUCAAUACAUUCAACCCCUUCCUUAUUGGCAGAUGUGUGUGUUCUUGUGCAUGGGAGGGAACAGUACAACAUGGAUGAACACUGCAGUAUUGGUGACAUGCAUUCGAAACUUCCGGCGAAACCGAGGACCGGUUUCCGGCAUUCUAAAAGGCUAUGUUGGAUUAAGCACAGCAAUUUUCACAAAUCUUUGUUCAGCUUUAGUAGCAGAUGACCCUGCUUUUUUUCUUCUUACACUUGCUUUGAUCCCAUUCAUCGUUUGUCUCACCGGUGUGUUUUUCCUCCGUGAAGUUCCGGUAGCAAAAACCACCACCGCAGCUGAAGACAGUGAAGAAAGUAAGUAUUUCGGUAUCUGCAACGCCGUCGCCGUUGUGCUCGCCGUUUAUCUCUUAGCUUAUGGUUUUGUACCUAAUGCUAAUACACUUGUAUCAAGAGUUUUCGUUGCUGUUUUGCUUGUUCUUUUGGCAUCACCAUUGGGGAUACCGGUUUAUGCAUAUUUCAAGGGUAGAAAUUCGGGUCGGGAUGGUGGUGAUGUAGAGGGUCAAAGGGUUAGAGAACCAUUGCUUCAAAAUGGUGAAAAAGAAAGUGAAACAACCGUUACCGAUGCUCUCGUGGCUGAGACGGAGGUGGUGGUGAUUAAGGGACAACCGGCAAUAGGGGAGGAGCAUACCAUUAUGGAAGUGAUGAAGAGUUUGGAUUUUUGGAUAUUAUUUGUUUCGUUUCUAUGUGGAGUUGGAACGGGUUUGGCAGUGAUGAAUAAUAUGGGUCAAAUCGGGUUGGCUCUCGGGUAUACGGAUGUAUCUUUAUUUGUUUCAUUAACUAGCAUUUGGGGAUUUUUUGGAAGGAUUGUAUCUGGUUCCGUUUCAGAGCAUUUCAUCAAGAAAUCUGGAACUCCUAGACCUCUUUGGAAUGCAAUAUCUCAGAUUCUGAUGGCUGUUGGCUACAUACUCCUAGCCCUGGCUAUGCCCGGUUCACUUUAUAUCGGUUCCAUUAUUGUUGGCAUAUGUUAUGGAGUGCGCCUUGCUGUUACCGUCCCAACAGCAUCAGAGUUAUUUGGACUCAAAUACUACGGUCUCAUCUACAAUAUUCUCAUCCUCAACCUUCCACUUGGCUCUUUCCUCUUUUCCGGUCUACUUGCCGGUAUACUCUACGAUAUGGAAGCAACAACAACAGAAGGAGGAGGUAACACGUGCGUUGGAGGUCAUUGUUACAGGCUAGUGUUUAUUGUCAUGGCUGGAGCAUGUGUUGUUGGGUUUUUCUUAGAUAUUCUACUGUCAUAUAGAACAAAGACCGUCUACAACAAGAUUUACAUGAGUAAGAGAUCGAAGAAAUCCUCGGUGACAUCAAGUAGCCAAUGAUCCUGAAUGGGUGUGUUCACUAUAUUGUUUAGAACAAUUCUGGGAUUGAUGACAUUUUUGUUCAGUGAUAUCCCAAUUGUAUCCCACUUUAGCAAUCAUAUAGUUCAUUCAAUUUUUAAAAAUAAAACCGGUUUGUUUGUUUUUGAUUCGAUUAUGAAAUGUAAGCAUUCUACAGGCCUCAGUUAUUUUGUAAGAUAUUAGUAAAUUGCAAGGAUUAGUAAAUUCUUUUCAA